AAAAAAAGCAUGAUUUAUGAUUAAAAAAAAUUAAAAAGCAAAGUAGUAUGCUUGAGAUGAACAUUGUGUUUAUUCAAUAAUUUUAUUUAUAAUUACAACAAAAGUUGAAAGGUGGUGUCCUAUCUUGCAAGUGUAAUAUUUUUAUCAGUGUUAGACAUGAUAAUUGGAAAUUAUUGUACGGUUGGGCCUUUGUUUGACGCCACGCCUCGGUGGCUACAGUGUUGACUUUCGAGUGUCUGAAAUGUAUUCGUACUUUGCGAAACCACAUUUGAAUUAUCGAGUAACAAAUUUAACUUUUACUUCUCUACUAUAACUGGGAUACACAAGAUGCGCUAAGAACAGAUCAACUUUUUUCGUGUCUCUCUUUAUUAAAAUGGAACUUAUUCUUAUUUUGUCUUUUAUCCCUCUGGGGUUGGCUUACGACAAAGCAUCUUUCUAUGGGGCUAGCUUUAUAACAUACCCACUUCAAGAAGCAAAGGGUGUCACAGACAUUAGUUUUCGAUUUCGAACACAUCUGUCAGAUGCGUUGUUGCUCCUGGCUGCAGGAAAAACUGACUAUUGCAUGAUCAAGCUAGAGAGUGGGAGAAUAAAAUUGCACAUAAACCUAGGUGCUGGUGAAAGUGAACUGUCCUCACCUAAAGGAAUAUUCCUCAAUGACACUCAAUGGCACCAUGUUAGCAUCAUCAGGAGAGAAGCUAAUUUAACUAUGAAGGUUGAUGAUACUACUGUUCGAAAAAGAUUACCAGGGAGAUUCUUCGAAUUGAACAUACACUUUGGAGUAUUUCUGGGAGGGCAAGGUGAUUUCUCCGAACUGUUCCUUGGCCACAUGGAAAACUUCCGAGGGUGCAUGGAGGAUGUGUUUUAUAAUGGAGUUAAAAUAAUAGAAAAAGCUAGAAGUCGCAGUGCCUCAGUGCAUGUAGAGGGCGUCACAUGGAACUGUGCACCGGAAUUUGAUGCAGACAUCAACUCAGACAUCAGCUUCAUUGAUGAAGGUGCCUAUCUUAUACUACCCAAGAUCAACUCUAGGGCUGGAGGAAGAUGGCAGAUUGAAUUCAAGACAAUAACACCUAAUGCUAUAAUUCUUUACAAUCCGGGAGGUGGGAGAGGCUCAGUGUCUGAUUUUCUUGGUGUUGAAAUACUAGAUGGAGUGGUCAGAGUUAAAAUGGCGCGUGGACAAAUUGUACACACUGUGAGAGUCAGCGAUGGACAGUGGCAUAAAAUACAUUUGUUGUUCAAUCCUUCACUAAUAGAGCUUUCCGUCGACAAUAUAGCAAUGAGUACAAGAAUCGAAAGUGGAGGUACCCGGUAUUUAGACCUGUCUGACUCAUUCUAUCUUGGAGGAAUUGAAACUGAAAAGCGACAGCGGGCCUUCGCUAAAGGAAUCAAAGCAGCAGACUCCAGUAUAAUGGGUUGCAUAAAACCGAUAGAGGUAGAUGAUAAAAUAUACGGACUGCCGAACUCAGUGGUCACCUACGGCGUGAGUCCUAAAUGCAUUUGGUGGUACCCGUGCCACGCCAGCCCCGCCAACCCUCCCUGCGUGCCGCAGGCGGUGUGCGACCAGCACGGCGUUGACCACUUCACUUGUAAAUGCGACUCUGACCUCUGCAUUAACCCUGACUAUGCCGAGAAGUACAAGGUAUUCUCAAAGUCGAGCAGUGAACUGGAGCUGGUAGCACUGUAUCCUCUGACAGUGCUUGAAGGGGGGGUCGCAGUGAUCACGACGCAGAACAUCGACGUGGUGUUGGACCACCACAAGUACGGCGUGCGCCCGUCAGGGGUCGUGUUCCAUCUGACCCAGUCCCCGCAACACGGGAGGAUAGCUAUCGACUUAUCUCCGCAGAGGAACUCGCCGCAGUAUUCUAAUUAUCUCGACGGUGACGGAAAAAUGAAGCAAUACUUUACACUCAUGAAUUUGUCAAGAGACAAGGUGAGGUACGUUCAUGACGGUUCGGAAAAUCAUCAAGAUUCAAUUGUACUUGACAUGGAACUUAUUCCAGAGACUAAAUUUACUCUACCAAGCUACUUACAAGGACGGAACACUUUCGUUUUACAUGUCAACGUCACUCCGGUCAACGACCCCCCGGUCCUCAAUUUGCUUCCGGCUAAAGUAUUGAGACUGACACAGGGAACGCGCAAAGUAAUAACUUCAGAUAUACUAAAAGCUGAAGACCCCGACACACCGCCGGAGGAUCUGCUAUACACUGUGUUGCACGGAAAAAAUGAAAAAGAACUGCAGAGUGGCCACAUUGAGAUGUCCGGACAACCAGUUGACUCCUUCACACAACAAGAUAUUGACUCCGGAGUCAUCUCGUACGUGCACGGCUCGAACAAUGAGAAACAACUGAACAAAACAUCUUUGAAACUCACUUUACAGGUCUCAGACGGCAUAGAGACAAGCGGUCCAGCGAUUCUGCGCAUAUCGAUAGUGCCCCUCCAAGUCCGCUUAAUAAACAACACAGGACUGCAGCUGGUGCACAACUCUUACGCCAUUAUCACGGCUGAUAAUCUGACAUUCACCACUAACGCUGACGAGAGCAAUGUGCAAGUGAAGUAUGACAUAGUGAAACCGCCUCAAUUUGGAGUGAUAGAGAGGCUACGAGUUCUGGAUGGCACAUGGCAGACAGUGGACUCGUUCACGAGUGAGAUGGUCACCUUCCGCCGCGUUCGGUACAUGCACCUGCUCGGAAACCCAUCCCACGACGAAUUCAAGUUUAAAGCGUCGGUGGGCACGAUUCGAACGAACACUUUGUACGACUUUCGACUUACUUUCAUCAAACUUGAUCUUUACCAAUCGGUUAAUGAAGAACUGGUCUUAAACAAUACCAGAGAAGCGUUCAUUUCGGCGCAGCAUUUGAAAUUCAAGACGAAGCCAAUUGGCCUACCAAGCGAUCGAAUUCUUUAUACGAUACUCAAGUCGCCUAAGUAUGGUAUACUGCACCUGUCUUCUGGGAAGUAUCAUCUGCAAACACACAGCACGUUUACUCAGCAACAUAUCGACACCGACCAGCUGUGGUACCGCCUGCAUAGGCGUGCAUACUCUCACAUCCAAGACGAAUUCUCCUUUGUAGUUGGAGCUACCGAGUGCGAAAACAUUACUGGAGUAAUGACGAUCCGACACACACCAGCCUACUCGACCUCGGAGCAUUCGUUGGGGCGUGUACAUACGACCUUAGAACGACUGCAGGUUAUGGAAGGCUCUAGAAUGGUCAUACCUGCUACUCAUCUUAAUUUCCGAACGGAGUCUGUUACAAAUCUUGUUUUCAAUAUAACCCAUUUGCCCCGACACGGAAAAAUCGAAGUAAUAAGCGAAAGCUUAAAAAUAUUAAGAGAUAACACCACUUAUUUCACUUUAAAGGAACUGAAUUCAGAUAGGGUUUACUAUUCACACGAUGAUUCCGAAAGUAGACACGAUUCUUUUCACUUUAUGGCGCUCAGUCCUGAACCCGAAGAUUUUCAGUAUGUAGGGGUAUUUCACAUCGAUAUAAUACUAAAGAACGACAACAGCCCGGUGAGGGCGAACGAUAAAGUGUUUCACAUUGUACACGGGGGCGCCCGCCUCAUCACGGCCAGGGACCUGAGCUACACUGACGCCGACCUAGACACCAAGCCGGCUGAUAUCAUCUACACGAUUCAAAGAUUCACCAAAGACCCUCCAAAUGGAGGUAUAUACAGAGCCGACAACCCCGCCGAAAUGCUCGCUCAAUUCUCCCAGGAUGAUAUUAAUAAAAACCUGGUUCUAUUCAAACAUCAAGGUAAAGAGUAUGGUAAGAUGGCGUUUUGGAUAUCGGAUGGUUUAUUUGACGUGAACGGAAAUCUCGAGAUUCAAGCAUCGCCACCGUUUAUUCGAAUGUACCCCACAAACGGAUCAAUAGUUGAAAAUGGUAAAGCGGUUGUGAUUACGACUAGGGAUAUGCAAGUGGAUACAAACAUGAACUGUUUGGAAGAAGACAUCCGGUACGAGGUGACGCUGGAGCCGAAACACGGCGCCAUCGAGGUCGGGGAGGGCCAGGGCGCCGUGACGUUCUCGCAGCUGGACGUGGCGGCCGGCCGCGUGGCCUACCGCCACCGCGAGCCCAGGACUCCUGCGGACCAGUUCAGGUUUAAAGUCAAGUGUCUGGAAGCUUGGGGUGAAGGGACAUAUCCAAUCAAAAUAUUUCCAUCAAGUUACUGGGAGCCGCUUAAAGUAACAACUAACCGACCUCUAGUUGUCGAGGAAUCUACAAGUGUCAACAUCACCAGAGAUGUCUUGGAGGUCAUGCAUCCACAAAUCGAACCAUCGAACAUAAUUUUCCAAGUAACCCAAGGUCCGUAUCAUGGCUGGCUUGAAGUCACCGCCACCCCCGGCGUGGUGGAGACCGCGAACGAGGAGCCGGCACACACGACCGUGUUCGACCAGUCGAUCAUCAACGGCAACCGCCUGGUGUACAUGCAGUCUGGCGUCAACCGCACGAGAGACAAAAUCGUCAUGGACGUCACUAACGGAAUCGUCUGGUUGAGGAAUGUCGAAUUGAAUAUAAUAAUUAUUCCUGAACAUUUUUACGUGACGGUGUCUAAUUUGACUGUUGUCGAAGGAGAAGGCAUCAGUAUUAAACCAGAAAUGUUCCGCACGAUAACAGAGUUCUAUAGAGGAAAAGUGGUGGCCUAUAAGGUACUUGAAAAGCCCAAAUAUGGAAAAAUUUUGAUGGGCGACCAGGAAUUGAGUUUACUGCCUGUACUUAAACUUAAUUCUGGAAAUAUUCAGUAUGUAAACGACGGCUCGGAGGAGUCUUCGGACUCGUUCAAGCUGGUGGCGGCGACGGAGAGCAACAAGGAGAGCGAGCCGUUCGUGGUGCGCGUGAGCAUCGCGCCGGUCAACGACGAGACGCCCAUCGUGGCGGCCAACACCGGCCUCUGCGUCUGGGAGGGCGGCACCUUCACCUUCACUAGGAACGAGCUGUAUGUUAACGACAUAGAUACGCCACUAGAGAAUGUUACAAUAAUCGUGGUUGACAUAGUUUCUGGGCAUAUUGCUAUGAAGGGAAACAUCCACGAGCCAGUCACACGCUUCACUCAGGCUGACAUUGACAACGGAAAUGUGGUUUUUGUCCACAAAAAUGGUUCAAAAGGCAAAAUGAUCUUCAACGUUACUGACGGGCUACACGAACUGUCUAAAAUAACGUUUCUUAUAACAACAAAAUCGGUAUCUUUGAAACUUAUCAGAAAGAAUAAUCUUCGCGUUUUCCCUCUAAUGAGAGAACCGUUAAACAAUUAUUUGCUGAUGGCUAAAUGCUCAGAUUACACCAGAACAAUUGUCUAUAAGAUCGACAGGACACCAUCUCUCGGCAGACUGAUUAUGCUCAGUGAAGACAGUCACCACAGAUCCAUCAAACAGUUUACACAGGAAGACGUCAAUAACACCCUCGUCUACUACGAACAUACACAUCCUUUUUCAGAUCUGCACACGAACGACUCUUUUAUAUUCACGGUUGAAGCCGCCCUAGCUAAACCUAUAACAGAUCAAGUUUUCAACAUCGAUAUAUCGGUGUCUUCCGGAGGUUUGGCUAAAUACGUUCAUAUACCUCAGAUAAAGGUGAACGAGGGUGAUAAGGUUCCCAUUAAAGUGAAUGUUACGAACGUAAUAGUAUAUCUGGAGAGUCAAGCGGGGCUGAGGCAGCCUCAGGUGGAGGCGCAGUGGUCGCAGCCGGCGCACGGCACGCUGCAGCCGGCCGUGUCGUCGCUCACGCAGCCGCAGCUCGAGUCCGGCGCCGUCCUUUACCAACACGACGAUUCCGACACUACACAAGAUAAGAUAGAAAUGUCCCUCUUUCUUCUACCGGAGUAUGUUCUCCUCUGUAACGUCACUAUUACUAUUCAUAUUAUUCCAAUCAACGACCAACCUUUUAGACUUUUGACGGAAACGCCGCAGAUACAGGUGGUACAGGGUGAGAAUUAUACCAUCACUAAAAAAGAUUUGAUCACAGAGGACGCUGACACUAGUCCCACCGGCAUACUUUACGAUAUUAUAAGCGGUCCCACUCAAGGAAGAAUCGUCAUGAUGGACAAGAAUUUGAGCAUUGAUGAUGCACAAUCAAUAAAUAAAUUUACUCAAGAUGAUAUUAACAAUGGACGCGUAAUCUAUGAGCAUUCUGGCAUGCUUCAAACGGCCACUUUCUACUUUAGGGUAUGGGACGGACAGUUCAAGCCUAUGUAUAAGAUAUUCACGAUUGACGUGUUGCCGGUAUCACUAAAUGCGUCUACAUUGCAUCCAGUAUUAUUACAACAAGGUUCUAAUGUUGCUACGGUGACCACAGAGCAAAUAUAUAUCGAAACAAACGCCAAAAAGUACAAAGUGUGGUACAAUAUUACUAGACAACCUCUGCACGGCAUGAUAUAUGUGGGUAGGAAUCCAGUCACUUACUUUUCCCAUAGGGAUUUGAUGGACAAAGUGGUAAUUUACAUGCAGAACGAUAUGACCGCAGCUAGUGACAGCUUCGACCUUAUCGCAUACAUCCACAACAGUAAUUCCACAAACCCAUUCACAAUAAACGUUCUGGUUCAGCCUCUCAUGGUUUUGAAAGAUAUAAAAGUCGAAGGUGACAAGUCGAGAAUAACUCUUAGCAAUAUGGACGCGACCGGUCUAGCCAAGUUGACUGGAAGUAAUCCAAUAUAUACCAUCUUAAGUAAACCUAGACAUGGUACUGUCAAGAACAUAAUCAGAAGUUCUGGAGGAAAUACAAGUGCGAGGGAAAGAGAAGUUCCGUACUUUACGCACGAAGAUAUCAAAGCGGGUGUCAUCUACUACGUGACCAAGAAGAGGUCACACGAGCUUGUCGGUAUGGAGGACAGUUUCAGAUUCCUGCUGGCGGCGACGAUAUUCCAGCCGGCCGCAGGCGAAGUUAAAAUAUUCAUUGGGAGCAAAUCGAAAAAGAACUUGCCAGGGCCUAAUGACCCUGAGAGCCACGAGGGAGUACCUGUGGCGAACGGCGAGUCGGCGUCAUACUACCUCACUAUCCUGAUGGCCAUCUCGGGCGUGGUGCUGGCCAUGCUGGUUCUGCUGGCGCUGGUGCGGUGCCGCCGCUGCAUGGCCAGCGACCGCCGCGCGCGAGCCAAGGCGCACGGCCAGAGCCAGGGCGCCGUGGCCCCCAUCCCGCUGCCGCGCCCGCCCGAUCAUCUCAUGCCUUCUCCGGCACACCCCACGCCACCCAUAAAGAGAUACGUGUCAUCGGAGCAGUCAGUGCACACGGGCGCCAGCACGCCGCUGCCGUCGGGCGGCAGCGUGGCGUGCAAGGUGACGCCGCUGGCCGACGCGGCGCUGCCCGACCUCAACGCGAGGUACCCCUACGGCACAGAAGACCACACAGACGCGGAAGACUGGAGCAGCUACGAGGCCAGUGAGACCGCGUACCCGAUCAGGGCCCCAGGGGUAGCCCCGGCGAACCCCAUGCUACGCCGCAACCAGUACUGGGUCUGACCCACGCACACCUUCACACUGCCCAGGCAACCUCGACCAGUAAUCCUCACCACGCACGAGGAAGGUUGCGUGACGUUGAACCGGCGGCUGCAGCAGCGGCGCUACGUCGAUCUAGUUCCUACGCCUUUUCUGCUCAGCAACUACGGAGUCACGAAGAAGCACGAAAACUGUGAGGUAACACUCUGAGCCGUCUGAGCCCUAUAGUUUACACCAAAAACUAUUGACUAAAAAUACUGUAAUAAUCAUGUUCCUAGGAAUUCUACAUUCAUAACAAUAAGCAAUUUAACCGAAUAAAAUAUGUUUACGGGCAUCUGGUGCGCCACGGAGACGGUCGCAGUUGAAAUUGGGUGUGGCCUAUGUGUAAUGUAAGUUAGCGAUUCGCUGUUUUUUACAAUUGUGGUGCCAAAUUGUUUAAUUAUAGUGUGAAAGAUUAAGGUUGUUAAGCUCAUUUUUGUGCGGGUCGGCGUAUGAAUGAAUUGUUUAAAUAAUAUGAAGGGUGAUUGACGGCUCCAGGCAGAUAUAGAGAGCCGCCGAGAGGGCCGUUGGCAAUUAAUACACUAUUAGUAACAAUACACUACUAAUGAAUAACUUUUCGUUUGCGAUUAUUAACAUAAAAGUGCCUGUAAUUUUUAUUUUAAUAGAAAAGACGAAUACAAUGAUGAUCUAUUUAUCCUUGUAAUCUUUAAAGACAGACCUAGUUUGAGGCUCAUGUUACAUAAAUGAAGUAUUUAAGUAGGUACGGUUUUGAUUUAUUUAUUCGAGGAUGUUCUGUAGUACACAAUAAAUGUAGAAUCUAGAUUUGAUUUUUGGUCAAAUACCAAGACUGAGCACUGUAGGUUAAUAUUAGAGAGGGACAGUAUUGGUCACACACCCUUAUCCAUAAGAAUAUUUCAUAAAGAGUAGAAUAGGUAUCUCAACAAAAUAAUUGAACUUCUCGCAUUAGAAUUUUACUUAAUCAAUUGUUAGUAGGAAAACAGCAAUAAGUUACCACAACUAGAUAACUCUUUACUGGUGAUCAGGCCAAUUCGACCGUACACUGAUAUCUAACUGAUGUCAUUCAGUUAUCUUGCAUUUCGCUCAUACGCGUCCGUACAUGUACUGGCGCGGAAGAGAUGCAUGAUAACUAAAUAACAUGAUCCAAAUAUUAUUCUGAUGGCAGUGAACGUACAUUCGAAUUGGCAUGUUAGUUACAAAAAUGAAGACAAAGAACUUUUUGUUUAGAAACAAAAAAAGUUUUUAUGGCUUCGACUCUUGCACGAAUGAUACCGUCCUUAUAUUAUAUCUGGGAGGGAAAAGAUAUUUGCUGGAGACGGAUUGUUCGAUACCUAAUAUACGUUUUAACUUUUACGCUAUUUGUAUGAAAUUAUGUAUAAUGAUUUAUGUCUAAAUUAUAGAAAAAAUUUAGUUAUUUAUGGUUCUAUAACACGAAACUUAUUAUCUGGCUGAAGGGAAGCAAAUACCGGGGUAUGUUUUUGACAUGUAUCUAUGGAACUUUAUCAUAAUAUUUAUGGUUAUCGACUAUCGUCAUCGGGUAUUUUGAAUUUACUGUACCUAUAAUUUUUUAUCUAUGACUAAAAUUGCAUUGAAAGGACUGUUUUUUUUCUGCACAAGCUCUUUGUCGUUGCCAAAUUUGUACAUCUAAUGAAAUAUUAGCCUGAGACAAACUAUUAAUGUUGAGCGAGUCUUCGUUGUUACUAUAGACAUACGACUUGAUACAUUUGUUGUGCCAAGGUCUGUGUACAGAGUACUCGACGCAGAGACUAAAUAAUUUUAUUUACAUCACGGUAUUUGGUUAACCUCUAGCCGCCCAUACGUCAAACCUUGCCAAGCAAAAUGUAAUUUAAUUUUGUCCACACAAAGUUCAAAUUAGAAUGGAACAGGUGACCUUUUUAUAGGUCUCUGGGCGGCUAGAGGUUAAGUACCCUAAUCACGCCAAGGACAGUGCCAAAGUUCUACUAAGGAUACCUUUAUACACAAGUUAUAAGUUUUAUUGAUUAGUAUAUUUUAGUAACUAGCUUAAGUUAAUUACUAUUAAAACUAAAUUUACGUAAUAAUUUAAUAAUUUAAGUCACAAUAUAUAUAAUGUUGAAGUAAUAUGGAAGUUAAUUGUAGCAAAUAUAUUUCAUCUGUUUAGCAAAUGGUAUCAGUUUGUGAGCUGUUAAAAAGUUCUUCAUGUUAAAAGACGUUAGUACGAAUAUUCGUUAAUUGGAGCUUUUCCUGUCUCUGUUUAGUCUGUAAUCAAAACUUGUAAAUUUAAUUUGGCCUAAUUAUGUUUUCAGUGCCAUCAAGCAAUUUCAUGAUGGACACAGAAACUGGCCAUUACUUAUAGUUUGGGCUCGUUAGAGUCGUCUUGAGGAAUUGUUGAUGAAAUGAUGACUGUACCAAAAAACUUUACUUGCAAUAACUCGUUUUUUUUUCAAGGUUCAAGCACUUAUUAACAUUUUGGAACGUAAUCACGUGUCAAUUACUCGUAAUGACAUUUUUGAUAAACGAAAUUAUAAAUUGUUAUAUGAUGCGUAACGAGCGCGGGUAACAAAAUGAUAGCCAUGAACUUUACAGUAUUUUUCGUUUUUCGGCUUUGGGUUGCCAAAUGAUAGCCUAAGUCCUCGCCAACAUUAGACCUUCCUUUAGAAAAAGUGGGUACAGUAUUCUUAGUAUAUUAUAUGUUGCAAAAUGUACCUUUAUAAUUAUGUAGUUCUAUAAAUUCAAAGCCCUUGAUUUAAAUAAAACGAAAGUGCCAAGUUUCGGAAUUUUAACUGUCCGCAUUAUUUGUUGUGCUUUGCGGCCGGUAUAUUUUAACUAUCCUGGCAGUUAUACUCGUAAUACUGAUUUUGUAAAUCGUGUGCCUAUGCAACCAACUAAAAAACCAAAACAUCGCAAAAUUUCGAAAGUCUCUGAGGGAAUAUUGUAUUGUAUGACUGUAGUCAGAAGACGACACUGUUAAUAGUUUUUGUGAAUUUAGUACAAGAAUGAGAAAUAGUAUGCAAAAAACUACUACUUAUAGUAAGUUUUUUGCCAACUUAUUACUAAAUGCAUCUCCUUGAAUUGUUUUAUCGUGAGAGUGGCAUAGAUAUUGCAAACCAAUAUUUUUUAACGUAUGAUGUCUGAAACUAAGGGAAAAUAAUAAACUAAUUUGGUUUUGAGAACGGUGCCCUACAUAAAUAACUAUCCACUUUUCUAUACAGUUAGUAUGGCGACGUGUGUAUUUCAGUUGGGGCACUUACUAUACACUUAUUAGGGUGUUAUUCCACCUGUCUAAUUUCUUUGUCCCCAAUGUCACUCUCUCAUUAAUCUUAAUGUGAGACAAAAUACACAUUGGACAGAUUAGAAUACCACCCUUAGUCUCAUAAAUUCGUGAAAAUUCACCGGGUACCUUCCCAAAGUCACAAUCGAAAUUUAAAUAUUGUAUAGAAAUUAUCACGUUCGCAUAUGUCUUCUCGAACCACUCCGAUUGAUGUUUGUCGAUAUACAAUGUCAUGUUGCAUGCAAAGUGUUGGUUUGUAAUAUUUACAGCUCUCGUUACAAGAAAAUACCUAGUAAUAUUUCUGAUUAAAUAUUAUUUAAGUAUGAUACUUAUAACGCUCAAAUUGUAAGUGAACCGAUAUUAGUAAGUAUGUACUUUAUAGCAAGGCUAGUUAGACUAGCAAGAACUGCAUGAAAUUUACGUCACAUUUCCGACGACUAAGGUAAACUGCAUUCGAAAAUUUGAUCAAAUAACGCAAUGUAAUGCAAAUUACAUGCAACUUCUUUCUAGUCUAAACAACCUCGCUUAUGAAUGAAUUCUGAAGUUGUAGAUAGUUGCAGUUUUUACGGUUUAUAAUGUAGGCACAUCUAUAAAUGUAAUAGGUUUUAUGACUAGUUACGAUUGUAUAGAUUUGCUUUUUUAAUGAAAAUAACAACAAAUAAAUUAAGAAUAUAUUUAAGUAUUAUAUUUUAUUACUCGUUGAAUUCUGCUGAAGAUUUUCGUCAGUCGUUUUAAAUAUCGGUGUGGCCUGCAGUGUUUAGUAAUAGUGAUAGCAAGAUAGUAAGUAAACCGAUUUAAUAAAAAUUACCUCCAACAUUCUGACUAAGUUUUUAAAAGAAGACAGUGGGUAUCUUUACCCAUGUAAAUUGUUGCAUUUAUGUUUGACCAUUGUUAUGCAUAAAAGUGAAAAUCCGUAUCCUGUAUUAAUUUCUACCAUAUAGGUAGUUAACAGUUUUUUUUAAAUAAAUAAUAACACAAUAA